AUGUCACCGCCUCCCUCUCACUCUCCCCCACCGGCUUCGACGCCGCAGCUCGACGAGUCUCAGCUACCAAAGGGACAAUGUCGCUACAUCCUCAUGAUCCCAGAGCUCAAGGGCCAGCGGUGCGGCUGCAUGGGUUUUGACCACAACAAAUCGCUUCCCGGUGCCACAUGCCACUGCGGCCAUCUCUCCUGCUUCCAUGUCCCUUCGGCGGACGCGCCUUCGCCUAUCAAGAACAAGGCCGAAAUUGAACUCAUCAAGCAACGCGUCCGGGAGAUCGAAGAGAGCCUGGACAGGAACGACCAUGAUCGCCUCUCAGGCUUGAUCUCUCGCAUCAGCGAGUUGGAGGAGACUGUUGAGAAGAACAAGGAGGAAGCUUCAGCUGAACUCAAGGGCUCCUAUCGCAAUGCCUCGGCCGCAUGGCAGCUUGUCUCCCAGUUGGAGCAGACGGUGAAGAAGCUGCAGGAAACCGUCCAAUCGCAUGACGAGCAGAUGACAAAGACGGGAAUACAGGUGGACGAGUUGGUCAACCGUCAGCUGGAAUUACUGGAUAGCGACGAAAUGAUGGAGGAGAGAAUCGAGAAGCUGGAAAGUGCUGAGCCCUUACUAUCACCGCCCCAAGAUAUUGACUCUGCCGACACACCUUUUGAACCCUUACACCUAUCGCCAACAACUACCAACACUCACCAACAAACUAUCAACCCCCCACAACCUAACCAGACUUUUCGAUCCCCAGCUAUUGGACCCCUGAGACCAUGGACCAUCCAUGUCUCCCUGAUGCCCUCCAGAGAACAACCAUUUCCAUUUGAAAAGGACACCACCUCAUAUAAGAGAUGUCUCUCCCGUGGCUUACACCGAAUGAUCGCAGUGGAAGGUGACGAUGCCCACGCCUUCACAACCGCCGUUUCGCGGGCCUUUCAAUCUCUGCUCAAAGGCCGGCCGUGGAUGCCUCUGCAAGCAAAGCUGUGCGAUGCCGAGCGUCUUCAAGGCUUGCCCAUGCUUCGACAACUGGAACCCUCUUUCAUCCACGGUCAAUACGACAGGGCCUUCCUUCGACAACACUGUGCCGUCCUCGACGUAAGUGGCAAGAUGGAUUCGUUGUACAUUGCCAUGGAGCACGACACCCUGUCGUGGAACUUCCUGAAGCGAUCGCCCAUCUACCUCGAGGGGCUUGAAUCUGCAUGGGAGCACGACGUCGUGCUCGACCAGAAGGACGACCAAGACCCAUCAUCCAGAGAUCACUAUGGUGACGAGGGGGGUGACGAGUCACCCCCUGCCGGCAACAUCGUUGGAGCCUUCAAAGGGCUGAAGCGUAGCAUGUCUGAAGUGUCAUGCUCAUCAAGCCUGGACGACACAGAAGGACCCCUCACGAAACUGCCACGGACGUGCAAGUCGUCCCGACUAGAGAUGCGACGCGGAGUCGAGACUGCGCGAUAG